GCAGAAAUGUAACCAGUGAAAGUGAGGAGAAAAUCAGUGCCUGGCUACUGGGAGCUUAACAUAUUUCCCCAUGCAGGUAGAACUUCUUUUAUAGUUAGAGAGACUUUCUGUUCUUGGGUCAUGACAGCGCUGUUUGAGUGGUUUCAAACACUCUGGUUAGGAAGAAGCUUGUCUGGAUUUUACUCGUGUUUUGUCACAGAGGGGAGGAGGAGGUAAAAAGAGCAAAAAAACAAAACAAAACAAAACAAAACAAAACAAAAAAAAAAAAAAAAAAAAAAAAAAAAAAAAAAAACAGCCGCCAUCUUUUGGAAGUGACUGGGAGUGGGGAGUUAACGUUAGCCUUCGAGCUAUUGACAUCCACUGGCUAUUUUUUAUUUUUAUUUGAUAUUAUCUCAAGUAGUCAUCACGUCCAAAUCAUUCCAUGCAACACAAUAAACUAACGUUUUCGGACACUUGACUCGACUUGGCAGCGAGACAAGGACUACCGAGGGGCUGAAGGAAUAACAAACCCGUUCAGAGUUGUGUCAAAUCUGUGCUCCACUCCUCUGUGGCUUCAGAGAGGCCAGUUGUUUGCUGCCUGCUCUUCGCAGGAUAACUGCGUUGGAGGCUAGCAAGCCUAGCUCAGAUUUUCCUCUCUGAAUCCUGUUUGUUCUGUCAAAACUGGCCUGUUGGACGGGUCCUUAUGCACACGCUGCCACUCUCUGACAGAUGAGUCAUCAUCGGGGGCUUGCGUGUCGCAGUCGCACGGCCAGAUAGUCCCCUGCGACCGCAGCAUGCCCUCCACCAGCAGGGCAGGGAACCUCAAGGACCCAGAGCUCGCAGAGCUGUUCUUUAAGGAAGAUCCUGAGAAGCUCUUCACUGACUUGCGCGAGAUUGGACAUGGCAGCUUCGGAGCUGUGUAUUUUGCACGUGAUGUGCGGACCGCAGAGGUGGUGGCCAUUAAGAAGAUGUCCUACAGUGGAAAACAAUCCAAUGAGAAAUGGCAGGAUAUCAUUAAAGAAGUAAAAUUCCUUCAGAGAAUACAGCACCCGAACAGCAUAGAAUAUAAAGGAUGCCACCUACGGGAACACACAGCAUGGCUUGUAAUGGAGUACUGUUUGGGUUCAGCUUCCGACCUCCUUGAAGUCCAUAAAAAGCCCCUUCAGGAAAUUGAGAUUGCAGCUAUCACCCAUGGUGCUUUGCAGGGGCUUGCCUACCUUCACUCUCAUAACAUGAUUCACAGGGAUAUCAAAGCUGGGAACAUCCUACUGACUGAACCUGGUCAGGUCAAACUGGCAGACUUCGGUUCUGCCUCCAUUGCUUCUCCGGCCAAUUCCUUUGUGGGGACGCCAUAUUGGAUGGCUCCUGAGGUGAUUCUGGCUAUGGAUGAGGGGCAGUACGAUGGAAAAGUAGAUAUCUGGUCUCUUGGGAUCACCUGUAUAGAACUAGCUGAGAGGAAGCCCCCUCUGUUCAAUAUGAAUGCAAUGAGUGCCUUAUACCAUAUAGCGCAGAAUGAGAGCCCAACACUGCAGUCUAGUGAAUGGACGGAUUACUUUAGAAAUUUUGUUGACUCUUGUCUUCAGAAAAUCCCCCAAGACAGACCACAAUCAGAGGACCUGCUACAGCAUGCAUUUGUUCAGCGAGAGAGACCAGAGACUGUCCUGAUUGACCUGAUCAUGCGGACCAAAGACGCAGUCCGGGAGCUGGACAACCUGCAGUACCGCAAGAUGAAAAAGAUACUGUUUCAGGAGGCCCACAAUGGGCCAGCUACUGAGGCCCAAGAAGGAGAUGAGGAGCCUGAGCAUGGAGCUGGGCAUACAGGAACAGUGAACAGUGUAGGAAGUAACCAGUCCAUCCCCAGCAUGUCCAUCAGUGCCAGCUCACAGAGCAGCUCUGUCAACAGCCUUCCUGAUGCUGCAGAUGAUAAGAGUGAACUGGACCUGAUUGAAGGAGACCACACCGUCAUGUCCAACAGCUCUGUCAUACACCUCAAACCUGAAGAGGAAGAGGUUUACCGAGAUGACCCAGAGGCACGAAGUCAUCCCUCCGAGCCCCAGGCAGCUCCAGCACAGCCGCCCCCACGCAAAUACCACCGCAACCGCGAGCACUUUGCCACCAUUCGCACAGCCUCACUGGUGACGAGGCAGAUGCAAGAACACGAGCAGGACUCGGAGCUUAGAGAGCAGAUGUCUGGCUAUAAGCGCAUGAGACGGCAGCACCAGAAGCACCUGAUGGCCCUGGAGAACAAGCUCAAGGCUGAGAUGGACGAGCACAGACUGAAGCUAGACAAGGAGCUGGAGACUCAGCGGAAUAGUUUUGCAGCCGAGAUAGAGAAACUGGUCAAGAAGCACCAAGCAUCCAUGGAGAAAGAUGCCAAGUCAUUUGCCAAUGAUGAGAAGAAGUUCCAACAGCACAUCCAGGUCCAGCAAAAGAAAGAGCUAAGCAGCUUUCUCGAAUCCCAGAAACGAGAGUAUAAACUACGCAAGGAGCAACUGAAAGAGGAGUUGAAUGAGAACCAGUCCACACCCAAGAAGGAGAAGCAGGAAUGGUUGUCCAAGCAGAAGGAGAACAUCCAGCACUUUCAGGCUGAGGAAGAAGCCAACCUACUGCGCCGACAGCGGCAGUACCUAGACCUUGAGUGCCGGCGCUUCAAACGCCGCAUCCUCAUUGCCAAACACAAUGUAGAGCAGGACCUCGUGCGAGAAGAGCUGAAUAAGCGUCAGACGCAGAAGGACCUGGAGCACGCCAUGCUGCUGCGUCACCACGAGUCCAUGCAGGAGCUGGAGGUGAGACAGCUAGGCACCAUCCAUAAAAUGAGGACCGAGCUCAUCCGGCUGCAGCACCAGACCGAGCUCACCAACCAGCUGGAGUACAACAAGCGCAGAGAGAGAGAAUUGCGCCGCAAGCAUGUCAUGGAGGUCCGGCAGCAGCCCAAGAGCCUAAAGUCCAAAGAGCUACAGAUCAAGAAGCAGUUUCAGGACACGUGUAAGAUCCAGACACGGCAGUACAAGGCCCUGCGGAACCACCUGCUUGAGACCACGCCUAAGUCAGAACACAAGGCGGUGCUGAAGAGACUCAAGGAGGAGCAGACAAGAAAAUUGGCCAUUCUCGCUGAGCAGUAUGAUCACUCCAUCAAUGAUAUGCUCUCCACACAGGCUUUGCGACUGGAUGAAGCUCAGGAGGCGGAGUGUCAGGUGCUGAAGAUGCAGCUACAGCAGGAGCUGGAGUUGCUGAACGCGUAUCAAAGUAAAAUCAAGAUGCAGACAGAUGCACAGCACGAUCGCGAGAGGAAAGAGCUGGAACAGAGAGUCUCGCUGCGUAGAGCUCUCCUGGAACAGAAGAUUGAGGAGGAGAUGGUGACAUUGCAGAACGAGCGUUCAGAGAGAAUCCGCAGCCUGCUGGAGAGGCAGGCGCGUGAGAUUGAAGCCUUCGACUCGGAGAGCAUGCGUCUAGGCUUCAACAACAUGGUGCUGUCCAACAUGGCCUCGUCUGAUAGUCACAGCCACAGUUUUCCAGGUGCGCCAGGUGCAUGGGGUUCACCGCACAGUGCUGGAUCACAGGGGCCACACUGGAGUGGCCAGCAGAGCCAUGAUCAUCAUCAUCACCACCACCACCAUCAGCACCAUGCAAGCCAGAGCAGCUCCAUCCAGCAGCCCUGGGGACACAGCGGUCAUCCUCCCUGGGGCCACCAUGGCACGGGUGGCAACCAGCGGUCCAGUAGUGGCGGGGCACGGAACAGCCCUCAGGCGGUGCGGCGAACCUCAGCGGGAGGCCGCAGUGAGCAGGGGAUGAGCAGGAGCGCCAGUAUUGCCUCUCAGAUCUCCAACGGCUCGCACCUGUCAUAUACAUAAGCCAAAACCCCCCACACCACCACCACCACCACUCAACCCACACACACACACACACACACACACACGUUAUCCGAGCGGGGCAUGAGGUACACCAAGGUCAGAGAGGAGACACAGAGGCCUAAGGGGUAUUUGCUUACUCACUUUCCCACUUUCCCUCUUCCACACUUUUAUUUUUGCAGUUGAAAAUAAAAAAAAAAAAUGCACCUUUUAUUUAGGAUACUCAUUGGAAAAGGCUCACAGGUUCAGAAAUAUCUGCAAAUUUGAUCAAUCUGUAGUCUACAGGAUGGAUAGUCUCAUACAGUGUUUGUGUUUAUGAUUGUGUUUGAUAGAGAAAGGUGUUGUUUGAGCAUUUGUAUAGGCAGGGGCAGUGACAUGCAACAUUUAUCAGUUUGUGCCCAUGAUGAAAGAAUCCAGCCAUGAGGACAUGCAAGACGCACUAAUGAGCCGAUGUGAUGAGACGGGGACCUAGCGAGGUAUGCUGUAGUUCCGUUGUGGUUUUAGGGCACAUAAUUGAUCGUGUUGCAACUAAACUGAAUACUAAAUCUGAUAGAAAUUGAUUUAAAAAUCAAUAAAUUGUAAGCACAUAGCCCUUCAGUGUGAAUGCGCAAGACACCCUUGUUUAUGCAAAGUCCUCUCUGUUAAGUGCAGUGCAUUCACCUGGGUUUUAUCAUGAACUUGUUUCCAGGUUAUUUGCAGUUUCAUCAAAGAAUGUUAUAGUCUGUGUAUCUUUUCAAUGAGAACCACUGCAGUAAAACAGUAUGGUUUGGUGAUCUGAGAUUAUCGUUUUUAACACUAACAUUUUUAAGGAAAAAAAGUGGCACAGGAUGCGAAAGGAAAUGGUAAUCGUCAAUUACUUGGGAAGGCAGUGAGUAUUUCUCUAAGUAGAGUUUUCUACCUUUGGCGAUAAGCAUGCUUUGUGUUUUAAAAAAAAAAAUAAUAAUAAUUUUUUUUUUUUAAAUGCAUUUGUUUGUUUUUUCAUUAGUGCUGUGCCAAGAAUAAAAUGAUUAACAGCAUUGGUUACUUUUAAAACGUUAAGCACUAAAAGUUCUGAAAGAUUGUUUUGUUUCACCUGUGCUAACCAUCAGGGUUGGUGAGAAUCACCUGGAUAACUUCAGCAAAGCUACAGAAGCACGGUUACUUGCUAAGGUUUUUAACAAAAGUGCCACAGGAAGCUGACGGGAUGUGGAAGGAAAUGGAAAUUGUCGAAACCAGAGUAUUUCUCCAACUAAUUCUAUUAAUCUGGGCAAGUGGUCCUAUAAACACUACAUCAUACAGUUAGCGUGUGCCUUUGUGAACGUUGACAUGUGUCCUCGCACAAAAAUGCAUCCAUGUGAUUAUCACCAGUGUUCAUAGAAGCUCAGUUGCAUACUUCCAGUACACUAGCAUUCUUAAGCUAAACUUUUCUUUGUUGUUUCAGAAUACUUUAUUAUUAUUAUUAUUAUUAUUAUUAUUAUUAUUUACAUUGGUGUGAGAAUCCUAGAGAAGUGCAGCAGUGAUAAUUGUAUGUCCACACUAAUUCUCAAUACAAGCACACUAAGAACUGGGUUCCAUGAAUCGUCAUGAAACCUUGUUGCAUUUAAAAAGAAAGAAAGAAAAAAAAAGGCAUUUAUUUUGCCAUGUUGUAGGUUGUUUAAUGGGUUUGAAGUGCUAAAUAAGGGACUGUAUGUUGGAAAUACUGAAAAAAAAAUAGUUUAGGAAGUGUGAAUGAGUAUAUUGAUUGCUGAUUUAGGUAAUGAAAGAAAGUUGUUGCCAUGUGUGUGGAUGUGCAUGUUCUCUCCGUAAUAAUAUAGGGAGGAUAGAUAGAUAUUUGAUUUUUAUUUCAAAUGCCAAAGUUAACUUUGAUCCCAGCUAUGCAAAGAGGUUUUUACCAUCUGCAAAGACAAAUGAUCAUUACGUGCUGCUCUCUGUCCUCUCUGUUUCUCGGACCUACAGUGUCUUCUGCCCCUCUCGGCUCAGCGUCAGGACAGUAUACCUGGUUUUGGGGGUGGGAAGGUCUCUUUCAGACAGGCUUGCGAACAGUGAAUGUUUUUGCUGGGCGAGUGUGUGCUGCUGCCGUCACCUCUGUGAUGCCUUUGUCACCGUCAUGCUCAUCCGAGAGUGCCGGCUGUCUCCCGCAACCACCUUUUAUAAUUGUGUGUACAAACAAAUGAUUAAGAAAAAAAAGAACACCAGAAAGCAUAUAAAAUGUGUUUAUGGAAAAUAAUGAGGAGACAACUUUAAGUGGGAUGUAUAGAGAAAGUUUGUGUAUAUUGUACAAAUAGAAAAUGUUUUUAAAAAUAUAUAUAAAUCUAUGAACCCAAGAAGUACCCAAAUUUAAAACUAGAUUUCAAAUUAGCUGUUUGAAUGUGAGCUGACAAAAUACAGCUUGGUGUAUAAGAAUAUUUAAAGCAAGAUAUCAGGAGAUAUUGAAAAAAAAAAAAAUGAAACACCUUGCAUCCUCUUGGACAUGGGUAGCAUUUUCUCCACAUUCUUGCUCCUCAGUCUCAUGCUCUUAUUUUACCAAUGGCAACAGAGACAUCUUUGAAGCUUUAUCACACGAUCUAAGGAUGUUCAAAUAACUGCCAUCAAAAUGAUUUUGACUCUGAAUGCUUCUCUUUGUGGUCGUUUAAUGAACGUCUAGUGUUAUACAUGUUCUCAAGUGUCCGCAUGGCAUCACUGAUUUAUGUAGAGAUGCCAAUAAACUCUACUUUAAUUUAGCCUAUGUAUUACGAGCUGACUGAGCCAUUGCACUUUCAGGCCUCAAAGGAGUGGGGCCAAAAAAAAAAAUAAAUAAAAAAAUAGAAGAUUGAGAGAGAGAAAGAGAGAAGCUAACAUGCCAAAAUCACUUCACAACCUCAUAAAUGCUCUGUUGGGAUCAGGAGAGCAGCCACACACCCAGAGCUUAUUACACUUGGACACUGGUUUAGGUCACUCACUCUCCUGUAAGGUCCAGCAGCAUGGGGAGGAGAGAGAUGCGUGCCCUCUUAUGGAAGUGUAAUCUUGUGCGUCACGUUGCAGCCCUCAUCACACCCAUGUUUUAAUGAGCCUUUUCAAAAGUGUGAGAACAAGGGAAACGGGCAGGACUGACACAAAGGGGUAUGUCUUUACAAUUACAAUGUGUUCACCAGUAUUCCUUCAAAUUAUAGAUAAUUUUUUCGUUUUUUGUCUGCUUCAACAUUACCAUAACAAUCCAUAUAUAACCUGUAUUAAAAUGUAUAGAUUGUGAAAAGCUGAAUGUCAUUAAAAAAUUAUAACAACAAAAUGUAUGGCUAUUCACAAUAAGAACAAAAAAUCCAAUUAAAAUGUAAACAAAAAUUCUGCAAGUGUAUGGGGACAAAUGUUAUGUUUUGUUUGUAAUUACUCCUUUUGUUGGCAGAGGGCUACUGGAUAAAAAAAAAUCAUCUGUAAUAAAGUAAUUUUAAUAUA